AGAUCUCAACUCAAAUUUUAACCGAGUACGCGAAUAUAGCUUAGCUCACAAGUCGGGUCAACUCAAUUCAUUUUACCAUGUGGUAAAUACUUGUCACAUUUCUUUCCUUCAUUCAGUUACCAGUGAAUUUAAUUUGUGCUCUACAAAAAAAUUACCAGUCAAAAUAAAAUCCCAAAAACUUAAAUGCCAUAUACUGUUAGUCUGUUACACAUCCAAAACCAAUCAUCCUUCCUCCUUCCCAACAAUUCCCCAGUCAACGCCCUUUGACCAUCCCUUAAUUCUUCUGUUUUCACCACCUUAAUAAAACCUACAGCACAGCAGACCAAACCAGAAUUCAGGGCUAAAUCCGUCAUUUCACAACAUUUUACUUUCUCUCUUUUUUGGGUGAUUUAGCUGGCCUAUAUAAACCCUCACACUCUCUCUUUUUCCUCUUCGUCGUCUCCUGUGACUCUGUGUGAGCAUUCUUCCUCUGUGUAGAGAGAGAAACUCAAAACUCCUCAAAAAAUCAACAAAAAAUAAAAAUAAAUAAAUAAAAAUGAGAACAAGAAGAGGACUCUGUUACCCGAAAAUCCAUGGCUCCGCCGCCGCAACCACCACCACCACCACCACCGUGACUCUCUCCUUCCAUGGCAGUAAACAGAUGAAGGUCAUAGAGAAGAAGAAGAGUAGAACGAGUAAUAAUAAUGGAGGUUUUGUUAAUGGCGGCGGUGAUGGUAACAAGAGAUCGCUGCUAUCGUCGGAAAAUGAUAAAAACGAUUUUGUUUAUACUUGCUUUGAUAAAGUUGUUCCUUGCCGGAAAAGAGCCAAAAUCUCGCCGGAGUUUUCCGCCGGUGGUUCGGAUUUCUUCGAUGCUUUGCCGGAUGAUCUUGUUGUUUCGAUUCUUUGUAAGAUUAGUUCUACAGCUUCUUGUCCUGCCGAUUUCGUCAACGUACUCAUAACUUGCAAGAGAUUGAACGGAUUAGGUCUUAAUUCAAUGGUGUUAUCCAAAGCUUCGCCGAAAACUUUCGCCAUUAAAGCUAAGAAUUGGUCUGAAUCUGCUCAUCGUUUCCUUAAAUCUUGCUCUGAUGCCGGAAAUGUUGAAGCCUGCUACACUCUCGGCAUGAUUCGUUUCUACUGUUUACAAAACCGAGGAAGCGGAGCAUCACUAAUGGCGAAAGCGGCGAUUAACUCACACGCGCAAGCUCUCUACUCAUUAGCGGUGAUUCAAUUCAACGGAAGCGGAGGCACAAAGAGCGACAAAGACCUACGCGCCGGAGUCGCGUUAUGUGCACGUGCCGCCUUCCUAGGUCACGUGGACGCUCUCCGUGAACUCGGCCACUGUCUCCAAGACGGUUACGGCGUCCGUCAAAACGUCGCCGAAGGCCGUCGUUUUCUCGUCCAAGCCAACGCACGUGAGCUCGCGGCUGCUCUCACGUGCACCACCGCCUCAGGGUCCACCUACUGGGUUUCAUCGUCGUCACCCCAACCAACCGGGUCCCGCCACGAGGCAUCGACGGUUGGGUGUCCUUUAUUGAGUGAUUUCGGGUGUAAUGUUCCGGCACCAGAGGCUCACCCAGCGAACCAUUUUUUAUCCGACUGGUUUACCGGUCGAACCGGUGAGAACCGUGGAGUUGGGUUAAGGCUUUGCUCGCAUGCCGGUUGUGGUAGACCGGAGACACGUAAGCAUGAGUUUCGAAGGUGUUCGGUAUGUGGGGCUGUGAAUUACUGCUCACGUGCUUGUCAGGCGCUGGAUUGGAAGUUGAGGCAUAAGGGAGAGUGUGCUCCUAUGCCAAGAUGGGUUGAAGUUAACGAUGAAGAUGUUAACGCCGGUGACGGUAACGAAAACGAUAAUGAUAACAAUAAUGAUAACGAUGAGAUGAACGACGUUAUGGAAAUAGACGGUGAUGAUGAUAGAUAACGGCAACGGUGGACUGUGACUGUGACGGAAAAUGGGCGCGUCACAUGAGUUGGGUUGGGACGUUGGGUGGUAAUAUUGAGGGUAAAAUUGGAAAUUCAGUUCUGAUUCAGUGGAAGAAAAAAAGGAAAAAGAAAUUUUGGUUUUAAAAUGAGAAAGGUGGGAAUUAAUUUUUUUUUUUUAUUAAUUUUAAAUUUGGGUAAAGGGGUAAUAAGAACUUCGAACUUGGGUGUUAAACUUUGGUAAAGAAUCGAAAAUAUCCGGAAUUAAUUUUUUUUUUGGGGGAUUUCUUUUUUCUUUGUAUAGAGAAAGGGAUUUAAUUCCCUUUUUGCGGAAAUUAUGUACUUUUUUAUAAGCUAAAUUACUUAGCUUAAUUACAAAAUUUUCAAUCAACAACAA